GCUACGUCGACCGCACGAGUGCCAUUAGGGAGAGAGAGAGAGAGUGUGUGAGCCAGCCAAGAAGCAACACCAGGAUGGUAUAUUGCGGCAAGCCGUCUAAAGGAUGCUCAAACUGCCGCGAGCGCAAAAUCCGUUGCGACCAGCGUGAGCCUGGCUGUGGUCAAUGCGAGAAGCGUCAGCAGACAUGUCCCGGCUACAGGAAUAUAGUAGAUCUCAUGUUUAGAGAUGAGAGCUCGCACGUUGCCCAGAAGGCCAGAAAGAGGCCCAGAAAGAGGACCAACCCGUCUACAGACAAGCCCACUACUCCUACUACCCCCUUGCCCGGUAAAUCGGCAUCGACGCCGACAACACCACCACCACCCAGAAAGUCUUCGCCUUUUGUCCUCACAGCAUCGCCUUCCGCGGCCUCAUCGUCGGGAUUUUUCGAUCAGCGUGAUGAUGGGUUCAUACAAACCGGCCUGCGCUCGCCAGCAAAGCUUGUGAAGGCGGACCGUGGAUACGUGAAACAAGAACCUGGAAUGGUGUCGCCACGGGAUGCUUUAGCAGUCGUCCCGUCCAGCUUGUCGCCAAGUUUCGAGGAGAGAGGGCUGAACUUUUUCAUCGCACGGUACAUCUCAGUGCCACCGGAUGCCUCUCAAAACAAGUUUGACUUUGUCUUCGACCUCUGGAGUCCAAGCCCGUUUGCUUACGAAAGGGCCCGGGACCCAGUCCUUGCCAGCAUCACGGCCGUAGGCCUGCUGAGCGUCGCACAAAGGGCCCAGUCCCAGGAGCCUAUGGAAGCAGCGCGCAAAACGUACGGCCAGGCACUGCGGCUAACGAACACCGCCCUGCGGAGCCCGACGGGCGCUCUCGAGGACACCACCAUGCUCGCGGUGCUGGUUCUCGGGUACUUCGAGACGAUGGCAGGGGCAGGGGCCCGGAGUAUGCGUGCCUGGCAGCAGCAUAUCAAUGGGGCGGCUGCGCUCGCGAGGCUGCGCGGUAUGGGCUCGUUUCGGAGCAAGGCGGGCAUCAAAAUGUUUAUGAUGCAGUGCUCGAGUAUUAUGAUCAAUUGCAUUCAAAAUAAACUGGCUAUGCCACAAGAUUUAAUUGGCAUGCGCACACAACUGGUCGACAUGAUGGGCGGCCCAGCCGCAGUGCCAGGAUACGAAGUAUACCCACCCAUCUACAAGAUCCUGCAGCUGAGGUAUGAUAUAUGCCAAGGAACGAUUACAGACAUCGACACCAUAUUGGACAUAUUCAACGAGGCAGAAGAAGGUUUCGAGAAGGCCCUAUCUCUCUUCCCAGAGACUUGGCAAUAUGGCAAGUUCUGUCUCUCAGAGCGUCUCCAGACUGGAUUCUUCAGCGACGUCUGCCAUGUGUAUCCGAACCUCUCGGUCGCAUCGGUCUGGAACGGCACCAGGGCCAUCCGCAUGCUCAUCCUCGAAACGAUGCUCGAGGAGCUUCACAUGCGUUUCCUGCAAGUGCCUGUUGAAAAGGUGCCAGCACGAUACCAAAUAGAAGCGCACAAAGUCAAAGUCAAGCUGGAGAGGAUAGCACUUGCUAUCCUUGCCAGCGUUCCCCAACAUUUUGGGCUCAUCAGGCCUUCCGAUCCGAGCCUCAACACACUUGUGCCGAUGCCACACACCGAGGACAUGUUGGCUCACAUACCUGAGACCGGAUGGAAAGCUACACUAGGGCAGAGCGAGGGCUCGGUUUCCCGUAGCUCGGAGGACAAAGAUUACGACUGCCGCAGUCCUUCGUUUUCAAACCCAAUGCAGGCACGCAGCACCCAAGCACAAGAAGAGCGCCUGAUGCUGCUGGCGUCCGUGUCUAGCGGGCUAGUCUGGCCCUUGUAUCUCGUCGGCAUGUCGACGGCCUCCUCUGCCUCGAUGAAAAGUUUUGUGAUUGAGAGACUGCAUGCGCUCCAUGACGAGCUUGAUGUCACGCAGGCUGGAAAAUUAGCUGACGCUGUGGCAAGCCAUAAGGAGCCGGGCAAGCCAUCAGAACACAGAUGA